GAGCCAGAGCCCCGGAGCCUCUCUCUGGGCGGCCAUGUGGGCUUCGACAGCCUCCCUGAUCAGCUGGUCAGCAAGUCGGUCACUCAGGGCUUCAGCUUCAACAUCCUCUGUGUGGGGGAAACUGGCAUCGGCAAGUCCACACUGAUGAACACGCUCUUCAAUACAACCUUCGAGACUGAGGAAGCCAGCCACCAUGAAGAGUGCGUGCGCCUGCGGCCCCAGACCUAUGACCUCCAAGAGAGCAAUGUACAUCUCAAGCUGACCAUUGUGGACGCUGUGGGCUUCGGGGAUCAGAUCAACAAGGAUGAGAGGCCCAUAGUCGACUACAUCGACGCGCAGUUUGAAAACUAUCUGCAGGAGGAACUGAAGAUCCGCCGCUCGCUGUUCGACUACCACGACACGAGGAUCCAUGUGUGCUUGUACUUUAUCACGCCUACUGGGCACUCUCUCAAGUCCCUGGAUCUGGUGACCAUGAAGAAACUGGACAGCAAGGUGAACAUUAUUCCCAUCAUUGCCAAGGCUGACACCAUCUCCAAGAGUGAGCUCCACAAGUUCAAGAUCAAGAUCAUGGGCGAGCUGGUCAGCAAUGGGGUCCAGAUCUACCAGUUCCCCACUGAUGACGAGGCUGUCGCAGAGAUUAACGCAGUCAUGAAUGCACACCUGCCCUUUGCUGUGGUGGGCAGCGCCGAGGAGGUGAAGGUGGGGAACAAACUGGUCCGAGCACGGCAGUACCCAUGGGGAGUGGUGCAGGUGGAGAAUGAGAAUCACUGCGACUUCGUGAAGCUGAGGGAGAUGCUGAUCCGGGUCAACAUGGAGGACCUCCGCGAGCAGACCCACAGUCGGCACUAUGAGCUCUACCGGCGCUGCAAGUUGGAGGAAAUGGGCUUCCAGGACAGCGAUGGGGACAGCCAGCCCUUUAGUCUGCAGGAGACCUACGAGGCUAAGAGGAAGGAGUUCCUGAGUGAGCUGCAGAGGAAGGAGGAAGAGAUGAGGCAGAUGUUCAUCAAUAAAGUGAAGGAGACAGAGCUGGAGCUGAAGGAGAAGGAAAGGGAGCUCCACGAGAAGUUUGAGCACCUCAAGCGGAUCCACCAGGAGGAGAAGCGCAAGGUAGAGGAAAAGCGCCGGGAGCUGGAGGAGGAGACCAACGCCUUCAACCGCAGGAAGGCCGCGGUGGAGGCCCUGCAGUCUCAGGCCUUGCACGCCACCCUGCAGCAGCCUCUGAGGAAGGACAAGGACAAGAAGAACCCUUGUCCCAGGUCCUGCUCUUGGCUUGGUGAGUGUGACGGCUCUGUGAAUUGGAACUUAUGUGGAUUUCCAGCUAGCAGCUCAGGAAUCUGGUUUUUCCUAGAAGGGGGUACUCAGGUUUGUGACCCAGGUGCUGGCACCCAAAGCACUUUUCGCCUGUUCUUUGCCAGCUUGGCCCAGGCUAUCUUGUUAAAAGGCAGGCAGAGUCCCCUAGGAAAUAAGCUAUGGAGAGACCACUUAGAAACGAAGACAAGGACCUGCGGCCAGGUCAGGGUCUGAGGGCCGGUGGGGGUACAGGGUGGCUGCAAGGACACCCGCACAGCUUCAGGGUGGGGACUCGCCACUGGUGUCAGGUCUCCCUGCUUUUCCCCUGUGGCCUGGGCCUGGAAAACAGGUCUUAUCUGUUUGCCGGACAUGCCAGAAAGCUUCAGUCAAUUUGGACUCUGGGAGAGAGACCUUGUGGAGGCCAGGAGUAGGUCAGUGGGGUAGCCAGGAGCACCCCUUCCUCCUGCCCUGGUCAGGGAAACGGGAUGAGUCGGAGUGCAUUUGGGGGGCGGUAUUCACGACCAUUUAGUCGAGUGGCUUUGAUUGGUUGUAUUCUUCAAAUUUUAAUCCACUUUUGCAAAAUGGCUUCCCAAUCAGAUCUUGACCCUCGGCCUGGGACGCCACAAACUGAAGUGAAUUAUCUGCUUUGCUCGUGACAAAUGCCAAACUGACUGCCCUUUCCCAGUGUCCCUCUUGCUGUCUUUUGCUUCUGUUUGAUUUGGUCGUCUGCGUAUCUUUUAAUGUGUCUGUU